GACCCACCGCAGCGCCGCUGAGCCACCACCGCACCACCUCUCUCUCAUGAGCCUCGAGAGCAGGCGCGCAAAAUCGGCCCGCGGUCGUCGCUUCCUCGCGCAGCGCGAGCCCAAGCUCGUCGAAAACCCGCGCACCGCGCUGCUCGCCCGCGGCCAAAAGUCGUCCGCUGUCGUCAAUGAGUUGCUGACGGACCUCUUCUGCCUGAAGAAGCCGCACGCAAAGCACUUCCGCCGGCACAACGCCGUCCACCCGUGGGAGGACGCCACGCCGCUCGAGUUCCUCUGCCAGAAGAAUGACGCGUCGCUCUUCGGAUUCGGCACGCACUCGAAAAAGAGGCCGCACAACCUCGUCCUCGGCCGCUGCUUCGACCACCGCAUCCUCGACAUGUACGAGUUUGGCGUCGAGGCGAGCGCGGCGAUGGCGGGCUUUGCGAGGGGCGCCGGCGGCGGCGCGUCUGGCGAGGCGAAGCCGCUGCUGCAGUUCAACGGAGACGGGUGGGAGAAUGUGGUCGAGCUCAAGGAGCUGCGCGCCUUCCUGCUCGACUGGUUCGGGGGCAAGCCAGCCGAGGCGAUCGCCCCGCUGGCGCUCGAGCGUGUGAUCGCCUUCUCCGCCUCGCCCGAGGGUUGGGGCGCCGCCGACGGAGGGAGCGGUGGCUCGCGCCGUCUCGUGCGGCUGCGGCAGUAUUCCGUCAAGCUGCAGAAGAGCGCCGAGGCGACGGCGCCGCACGUGGCGCUGCGCGAGAUGGGCCCGCGGGUCGACUUGGUCGUGCGGCGCGUGCAGCGGCCCGCCCCAGACCUACUGCGCGAGGCGAUGCGGCAGCCGGCGGCGAGCAGCGCGGCGCCAAAGAAGGCGCGCAACGUGUCGCACUCCAAGCUCGGCGGGCGCGAGGGGCGGCUGCACUUGCCCAAGCAAGACCUGUCCCAGAUGCCGACGGCGCGCAUGAAGGGACUCGGCAAGCGCGGCGUCGCGCCCAAGCAGGGGGGCGGCGGCGGGGGCGGCGGAGGCGGCGGCAAGCGGCAUAAGGCGGCGGCUGGCGGCGGCGGCGAGUAA